ACUCCUACGCUUUUCGACAGGCUGAAGCUGUAUGUUCAGAAGCUCCGUCAUAUUUCUAUUUUGCUGGGAUCUAUCAGUGCGCGUGCUGACACGUCCAGUACAUCAAUUGUUUUGGGCCCUUUCAUUCAUGAUAUCACGGCUUCUAAUUAGUCAAUUGACUUCGGUCAAUCAAUACUAUACUCUUUCAAUCUAGUUCAUUAAUUCUAGAUAUCCAUCACGCUUGCUGCGGCACGGUAGCUUUGUUAAUUCUCGCCGGCGCAAAUCUUAUUGCCUCCACUGAAAUAUCAAGCAACCACGACAGACAUGGACGCGCCAAAUAAUGCUCCAGCUUCUGCAGUUGGAUCAAAUGAUACAACCAUGGACGAAUCUUCCCCUCCUAAAUACAUUCCUCAGUUCUCUGCCGCGACCGAAAUGAUUCUUCAACGUAUGAGAGCAGGAUUAUCUGGCGGGCUAUCCAGUAUUGGCAUUACAGGGACACCGCCGGGCUAUGAAGAAAUGCGCAGGAACGUCAUGUCGGGGAUGAAAACUACGCAGAACAUGGAAAUAACUACACCACCACCAAGAUAUCAAACUAGCAAAAAGUCGACGCCCAAAUCCAGUGCCACCUCUAGGACACCCAAAAUUGAGUCUCCGACUGUAUCAUCAAAUAGUGCAGGAAUCAAAAAGAAGCGAAAGGGACUCAAGACAGGACAAAAGCGUAAAAGGGCCAAGGAUGAUAGUGAAAGUGCGGAUGAAUCUGAAGCUUUGAGUGGUCUAGGCGGAGAUUCGGACUCGGACGAUUCGAGCAGUGUGAUGGAAAUGCCAAAAAUUACACAAAGCGGAAGACAAAUAGUGAAGCCGACUCAAUUCGUACCUACCUUGCCUGAGACGAGCUCGCGGAAACGAUCCUCUGCGUCGACAAAUAAACGAACCCAGAAUCAAGAACAAGCAUUAUGCAAGAGGUGCGGUAGAGGCAAUAGUCCUCAGAACAAUAUGAUAGUCUUUUGCGAUGGGUGUAAUUUAGGGUGGCAUCAAAUGUGCCAUGACCCUAUAGUUUCAGAAGAAGAGGUGAAGGAUGAACAUGCACCAUGGUAUUGUAAUCAUUGCGCAAGAAAGAGGGGUAUAAAACCGGCACCAUCUAAGACUGACGGUGUUAGCUGGGCCGGCAAAACACUCGACCAGAGAAGGACAUACCUAGCCUUACUGCCUCACCCCCAGCUAGUAGAGCUUCUCAUUAAAGCCUCUAUUCUGCACCCAGAUAUGCCUAUAUUCCCCGCCAAUGCUCCGCCCCUCCAACCCCGCCAAUCACAGAAUUCAUCUCGCCCCACAACCAACCACAUCACACAACCAUUUCCUCCCUCCGCCACCUCCACAGCGGGUCUUUUCUCUCGUGCAGAAUCAAACCCCAACGCACCAAUGAAUUUUAUUCGCAAAGUAGCCCCCAAUUCCACAGCCUCUAAUAUCAUUCCUUCGCCACUGUUUACCUCGUCAUUUCCUCCGGCUCCAGCUUUCACUCAUGCUUCUGCCGCUCCACCAACACAACCUCCACAGGCUUCGUCAAACAUGGAGUCGAGUGGGAAUACAAAUGGGAUGGGCAAUGGACAGGAAGUGUCUCAGGAAAGCAGAGAGUCCACACCAAAUAGCCCACCAUAUCCAAAAGCUGGAACGGGGCUCAUGAGCAAACUAGGCCCGGAUGAUGAGGAUAUAGAGUGGUUGGUUGAUAAUGAUGAUUAUGAAGCUUUUAGUCAUACCGUCUAUGACGAUCCUGGGGAAAGGGAUUCUGGGGUCAUAUGAAGAAGGAUUGUGUAUAACUGAUAAAGAACGAAGCUGAAAAGCGUAACAAAGAAGACAGAAGUUAACAGUAGGGGUUUUUGAGGAUCCAUAGGUCUUCGCGGGAACUGCUCCUAUGAAUAGAUACCUAAGUAUAUACUGAGCUGGCUUGGUCAGUAACUGCCUGUGCUGCAUUUAUUGCUCGCAUCGAAAACGCAUGUACAUUAUAUUCCCGAUUGGGUAUUGCUAGCAAUGUAUAUAUAUGCAUUCAUCAUCAUGUAUUUGGGCAAUAAAAGAAGAUCACUUCGAACGAUGGUUGCUUAUAUACUUUGAGGAUUCGGGUUAGGCCAGUAUCUGGGACAGGUGAAUUAUACUUGGUGAUGUAAUCUUCAUGGGCUGAUCUAUGUUUAAUGAAUGCAAGUCAGUGUUCUGUGAAUUCAUUUCGAUGCUUUUGGUGUCUUUUUUUCAUGAUAGGGUGUGUUGC